AAAAAACGACGGGCAAGCCUACGAAAAAGAAUAUUGAUCAAUCGUGUAACGGAAUGUUCCGUUUACAUUUAAUGUCCUGUGCGCAUGCGUAUACGCGCGAAGUUUCAAAAAGAAGAUGAUGGACCAAAAAGAAACGGAAAGAAAGAAAAAAAGUAUGGAACAAGGAAAAAAUUCACGAAAAGGAAAUCGGCACAAAAAGGAGGACGAAGUGAUAAAGAGCCAAGUGAAUAAAUAAGAGAGAAAAGUCAGUCUUGCCCUCUACUCCCUUCUCCUCCUCUUUUCAGUAUAUAACAUCAUUUUGUCCAUUCACCGUUCCUGGUCGUGAGCCCAAUGUCAUCGAUUAUUCGUUUAACGGGAUCUACACGUUCACGGUGGUGGUCGUCCAAUCGCUAGUUAAGGGGGUUUUGGUCUUCGGUUGAAGAGUUCAGUUGAAGAGUACAUUGUUACGUGUGAACAUCGAAAAAUACAAAGAUCGGUCAAUUCCAAGAUUUGGUUUUUCGUAGUGCUCAGUUUUUACUCCUUUCGUAAAUUUACACGUACAUGUGACGCAAGAAUCGUAUUUCUUCGUGAUAUCUCUUUGUAAACUUUGUGUCAUUAAAACUGCGCAAUCACCACGUGGUCUAAGCAGACGAUACUUGACAUCUGAGUAUAUACUGUAUGAAAGUUUGCAUUGAAUAUAAUAUCUUGACUACUCGUCAACAGGUGUUUAAUUUCUUUUUUGUCUUUCGCAUUGAAUUAUUAUAAAUAAAAAUUUUCAAUCAAUAAUAUCAUAUUUAAUUUUAUACUUGAAGACAGCACAAAGUAUUUAAAUCUUGAUAUAUACUUUUAUUACGAAUAUUUAAUUAAUACUAUAAAAUUUUGAUUGUCUAACAGUGAUUCUUAAAAAUUUAAAUUAAAGAAUAGAUCGUAAAAAGGGAAUUGAUUCAAAUCGAGAUUUGUCGAAAAAAGUGUGAAAAUAAAUACAAAAGAGAUCGAAAUAGAGUAAGAACAAAAGAUAGAGAAACAUAACUGGAAAGUUUAAGAAACAGAUCUCGAUGUGUGCUGUGUAACCACGUAAAGAGAGAAGCUGACGCAUUUUGCAUAUUUAUUAUUCGUGAAGAAAGGAUUUGCUGUUGGCAAACGCGAUAAUUCGUUCAAGUUCAGUCGUCAGCUUAAAAUUCAUAUUUCGUUAGCAAAUUAUUGAAGUGACACGAGCAUUAUUAGCGAUUAAUUUUAAAAAAAUACAACUCGUUUAUCCAAAAACGAACUUUAUUUUAACCGGUUCAACACGGGGUCUUUACUAUCAAACGAAUUAUUGGAACAUCGAGAAAAGGAUGAGGUAGUAAAAUUAGUCAGUACAAAAAGUCAUGGAACGACUCCAUUAGUUAUAGCUUGUCGUAAUGGACAUUAUGACGUGGCUGAAUAUCUUAUUGAAAAAUGUGGAGCAAAUGUUAAUCAACCUGGUUUAGUGAUGUUUGAUGGCGAAAUGAUCGAAUGUGCAUCACCUUUGUGGUGUGCUGCAGCUGCUGGUCACUUGGCUUUAGUUAAAUUACUAGUGAAGCAUGGUGCACGAGUGAAUUCAAUCACUCAAACACAUUCCACACCCCUACGAGCAGCUUGUUUCGAUGGUCAUUUCGAUAUUGUUAGAUUUCUUGUGACUCACGGUGCAGACAUUGAGAUGUCAAAUCGUCACGGUCAUACAAGUUUAAUGAUAGCCUGUUACAAAGGUCAUAUUAAAAUUGUCAAGUUCCUACUUGCUUUAAAAGCAAACGUGAACCGAAAAUCUAAAAAGGGUAAUACGGCACUUCAUGAUUGCGCUGAAAGUGGAUCCCUAGAAGUCGUCAAGGUACUCAUCGAGCAUGGUGCCCGAAUGGGCGUGGACUCCUACGGGAUGUCACCACUCCUUACGGCAGCAGUAACAGGCCAUAAGCACAUUGUCGAAUAUUUCAUUAGUAUACCAAACUUAGUAAGUAGAAAGGAACGUAUAGAUGCAUUGGAAUUAUUAGGUGCCACAUACGUAGAUAAAAAGAGAGAUAUGAUGGGGGCACUUGAAUGUUGGAAACAAGCAAUGGACGAGAGAUAUCGAGGUGAUCCAGUAAUACCGAAACCACCACCAUCACCCGUUGUAGCUGCUUACGACUUCGCACGAGAAAUUACUGACCCUGAUGCUCUAAAUGGAUUAUUAAAUGACCCAGAUGAAAUGCGAAUGCAAGCACUUGUAAUUAGAGAACGAAUAUUAGGACCAGCUCAUCCCGAUACUAGUUACUAUAUUCGCUACAGAGGAGCAGUAUAUGCAGAUGGUGGAAUGUUCAAUCGUUGUAUAGAACUUUGGAAUUAUGCUUUGGACAUGCAGCAGAGUAUGCUGGAACCACUCGAUCCAAUGACUCAAAGUUCACUCUUUAGUUUUACCGAACUUUUUAGCUUUAUGAUAGGUAGACAAAUAAAUACAGGGCGAAGAGUGCCGCCCGUUCAAAGAGAAGAACUUCUUAGAGUGUUUAAGAAAGCUGUAUUGGAAGUGAAAUUGGGAAAACAAAUGAUGGAUAAAGGACCAACUCGUGGACGUGAUAUUGUGUAUUUAGAUAAAGUUCUUUUAACUACUUUACAUCUAGCAAGUUUAUUGACUCAUGAAAUGCCAGAAAAAGAUAGUGCAGAAUAUACUGCAUUACAUCAAGCGCUCUAUGAAUUAGUUCGAAUAAAUGCCAAAGAUAGAAAUGGUGGAAAUGUACUACAUUUAGUAUUUCGUGAAAGGCAUAUUGUACUUGGGGCUGGUCCAAAAUCUCCAACUUAUAGGUUCCCUUCACCAAAUUUAAUAAAAGCUCUUAUAAGAGUUGGAGCUGAUGUUACAGCAACAGACAUGACCGACAAUACAGUAUUACAUCUUGCUGCCUAUCAUUAUCCGUCACUUGAUCUUUUUACUAUUCUUCUUGAUGCUGGUGCUCAUAUCGAUGCUGUUAAUAAAUCUGGUGAUACAUUUGAAAAGUUGACAUGGCGUAAACGCCCUUAUGACGCAGUAUAUCUUGUUAAAUACACUACACUUGCCUGUUUAGCAGCCAGAGUAGUUAGAAAAACAUAUGACAUUUCAUUUGUUCCAAAAAAUCUUCAAGAUUUCGUUCUAAUGCACUAGUGUUAUUAUAUAACAGGCUGUCAUUUAGGAUGCCACGAGAGAUAUUUGUUAUCUAAAUGAUAAGAAAAAUCGACGAUAAAAGUUUUAUAUCUUUCGAAAGUGCAAAAUUAGUGUUAGAACAUUUUCGAAUACGAGAAAGUAUCAAAUCUAUCUUCAAAAGAAAAUUGUUAUAUAUAUAUAAUAUCACGAUAAAUCGAUACAUAUAAUGUAUGCUGUCAGUACCAUUUUGUUAAAUCUGGGUUUUAAAUAUUUCAAUAUGAAAUUAUUUUGAUGGCUCAAAUAUUGUUCUUAAUGCUAAGAAGAAAUUAUAAUUUAAAUAAUAUUGAAAUUUAAAUUAAUUCAAAAAUAUUUUUGAAUUAUUAAUCAUUAAUGUGGAUAUUAAUUAAACAAAAUAUUUGAUAUUAACUGAUGGUUUAUUAUGAUUUAAAAAUAUCAAUUAAUAUGAUUUUAUUAUUUGGCUGACAGCUUUUCCCUUAUACAUAAACCCCAUUACAAGCCAUAAUAUACAUGUUGCGUUGAUAACAUUUAAUUAUAACUUGAAUAUAUUAAAUUGAAAAAUUGUAUAAUCAUAGAAAUUAUUUUUAUUCUCAUUGUUAUAUAAAAAAAUAAAAACAGAAAUAAGAUUCUGUAAUACACUUUUUGAUAUAGCAUAGAUUAACUUAAAAAUAAAUUAUAUACUUUUAUAUUAGAAAGAUAAGGAAAAGCGAAGUUAUAAGUUAAAAUUUUUCAGUUAUAAAAUUUUUAUUUUACAUACAAAUGUAAA